GGCCGCCUGCGCCAUACAUCCCCUUCUCCAGAGUCUUCUUCUAUACCAUGAGCUCUGGCUCGGCCCAGGAUGUGGCAGUCGAGCAUUUCCUGCGUGACAUAGAGAGGCGAAGCAAGCGGCUACACUGCGCUGUGAUCGGAUGCGAGGAGGAGCGACCCCGCAGCGACAUGAACCUGCUGUAUCGUAAGAGCCGUUUGGACUGGAGGCAGAGGGACCAAGAGGGAAGCAAAAAGAGCUCCACCCAAAACGACCCCUCAGCUACCGUUGGUAAAGUCCGCGACUUGGCUUCUUUCCGCCGACAUUUCCGGAUGGGUUUCAUGACCAUGCCGGCCUCCCAGGACCUGUCCCCUCACUCCUGUGCCUCUGCCAUGGCGCCGCGCUCGCAGUCCUGCCACGCCGUCGGCGCUGGGGACACGAGUCUAGACAACGACGAUUACUCUGACACCCAGUCCCAGCACGGUGGCCGCUGCCCCCCAGCCAAACCCAAACGUCAUCCAAGCACUCGCCUCACCUCGUCAUCCGCCGACAGCAGAGGACACCCUGAGACGCCACCACCCACUCGCUCACAGUCCAAACACUCAGAGAAGAAAAACGCCAUGAAGAAGUCUGACUCUGGAGAGAUUGGACCCAAAAAGGUGCCUCCUUUAAAGCCCAAGAGAAGUCCCAGCACCCAGCUUACCUUCGACACCCCUCCUCCACGCGUGCCUCCUUCUGCCACAUCCCUGCCUUUCCAGGCAACAGACUCUCAGAUUCAGAGGGGAGACAGGGAUGAUGAACCAGUCUAUAUAGAGAUGGUGGGCCAGGUGUUCACCAGAGACACCCAGACAGCCACCCCCCACCCCGUCACCCCGGUGGCCACCACACCAGAUUCUGACUCGGACCAGAGUGAGGCCAUAUAUGAGGAGAUGAAAUACCCUUCGCAAGAGGACCGAAAUUCCCAUCGACAUCUCCCUCCAAAACACGAGAAACUUAAAAACUCCAAACACUACCACGUUACCCCCUCCUCCACCAGCAGCUCCUCCUCUUUGCCGCGCCCCUCCUCUUCUUCUCCCUCGUACUCCAAACCCAAAGCUACCGUGUCGAUCUCUCAUUCAUCUCCUCUGCCUUCCUCCGCAUCCUCCACCCCCAUCCCGCAGGUCCUCUCCACCAGUCCACACACGCCGCGUGCUCCCACUCCUUACCUGCUGCAAGGGAGUAAAUCCGAGUCAGAGGCAAACACCAAGAUCCCGGCUCCUUUCCCCAAUCUCCUGCAGCACCGGCCCCCGCUGCUCGCCUUCCCUCAGCCUGCAGCUGCCUCCAGCGGGGUCGGGGUGCAAAACAAAGGGUCUGCCUCUGGUAAAAUGGGAACUCAAACCUCCAGUGCGACCACACAAGCCAGCCUCUCCUCAUCAUCCUCUUCUAAUCUUCCUAUAUCACUGUCGGGCUCCAAGGACUCUUCGGGAGGAAGUUCACAGCAGGAUAAACACAACAGAGACGCCCAGUUGGGUCCAGCUCCCGGACUGAGAGCCAGGAGUCAUUCGACGCCCCUGCCUCCUUCCUCCAAAUCCACAUCCCCUUUCUCCCAUCACCACCACCACCCGCACCAUCGACCCUCACACUACCAUCACUAUCGCAAGCCAGAGAGGGGAGACUCCCCAGCCCCCAUCAAGGACAGCUCUCAGACUUCCAAACAGUCCACCGCCCAGACCCAAACCUCAAGUACAGGCAAGGAGGGCAAGUCUGUUAGCUUCCUGUUGAAAUCCGAUAAAGGAGAGAGGGAUAAGGAUAGGGACAGGGACAGGGACAAGGACAGGGACAGGGACAGGGACAGGGACCGAGACAGGGACAGAGACAGGAGAGACAGAGACAAGGAGAAAGACAAGGAUAGAGACAGGGACAGAGAUAAGGAGAGAGAGAGAGAAAGGGAUCGGGAUAGGGACGGAGGGCCUCACUCCUUACCGAUCGAAUGCCUCACUGCCAGUAGCAGCCAAACAUCUCAAAGCAACACCAGCUCAACCCCAACGCCGUUAUCCUCAUCCCAGCGUCCUCAUUCUCGCCCUCAUCUUCGCUCUCACACGCCGCACAGCCUGCCAGCGUACAAGCCCCCCUCCUCAGACAGCCCCCUGCUGUGGACCUACCCCUCUGGUGGCUUCCGGAGGCCGCCGGCUUACGAGAGCCUGAGAGGAAGCUCUCAGACACCGUCGCUGCAUCAGCCCUUGAGUCUCACCGGCAUAGGUGAAAGACCCUCCAAGAGUAAUGGAGGGUCUGCGUCCCACCAUUCAAAAGCUGGCUUCAUGCCAUGGGACAGCAGUGCCAGCUUAACCGCGGACGAGGGGUCUUACUGGCCUAUGCAUAGGAAACUGUCCUUCAGCCACGGGAGCAGAGAAACAGAGAAGGAUGAAGGGCGUGCAUGGAAUGGAAGUGCCGAUGCCUUGUUAAGGAUGGAUAAAGAGGAGCUGGAGCUGGGGCUGGGGUCGGGGUCUCGUGGAGGCCACUCAGGCAUCCCAGUCCACUUCAGUGGCGCCACCAGCAGGGCCCUCGGUCACAGUGAGUCCUUGGCUGGUGUUGAUAACAGCCUGGGAUUCAGAGCCCUGCCCAGAUUAGGGCUGCCUCUUCCCUGCCAGACAUUCCCCGCCUGUCGCAAUGGAGAAGUGGGGCGGCUGGGCCGCUCCUCCUCUGCUGCUGGAGUGAGACAUGUGGGUGGAGGAGAUGUCCAGAGACAGAGCAGUCUACCAGCACGAGAAGCCCUGAAUCAGCUGCACGGUCUCGCCCAGCCACAAGCGCCCUGCAGUCCCAGCAGUCCUAGCGUGUCUCGGCAGCAGCAUCAGCUUCAGCUCCACCAGCAGCAGCUUCAGUUAAAGCAGCAGCUCCAACAGCUUCAGCAACAGCACCACCUGCAGCUGCAGUUCCAGCAGCUCGCCCAGCUGGCCCAGGGACAGCCUCAUGUCAGCGGAGGCACCACCCAAUCCACAAUGCAGAGCCAGAGAGACGGCAAGCUGCUGGAAGUCAUAGAGCGUAAACGCUGCCUGUGCAAAGAGAUCAAGGCCCACAGGCGCCCUGACAAAAGCUUGUGCAAGCAGGACAGCAUGCCCAUCCUCCCUAGCUGGAGACGGACACCUGAGCCUCGUAAGACUGGCACGCCACCCUGCCAGAGGCCGCAAGCCGUCGUGUGGGACACUGCUAUCUGAGGCGAAAAGGACAGCCUAGAAAGAAUGUUACAGAAUACACAAAAAAGACCGAUGCGCAAAAGAUGAAUGAACAAUCAAUAAGAGAUGGGUUAAAAUGGGUUUGGUAAGAGGAAUACUCCUGAGAUGAUUGGUGGUGAGAUGAUUGCCACAGAGGAAAAAUGAUUUUGGACGAAGUAGAAGAAAUUUGUUGUGUGUUAUAAAGAAAAUGAGAACAGUAAUGACGAUUACUGGAGACUCAUUUGGAAAAACAAAUAAAAAAGGCUGAUAAAAGAGGUGAAGAAAAACCGGUCUUACAAUCAGAUUAAUUAAUUUCUUACCCAAAUGAUUUGUACUUGCUCUCUACUACUGUAUGUACUCAGUUGUUCUAAUUGCCAACGAUAUUUGCCAACCAACACCAGUGCUAUUGCUACAAAGUGACUAACUAACUAAACAAUAACGGCUGGGGUCUGCUCUGAGAUUGGUGUUGCCAAAUUUCCUCCUGACUACUUGAGACAUGAGAAUCAUGUAUUUUCCUCCAGCACACAGUCGUCCAAACACACUGCUCUGUGGAUGAGAAAAGGCCAGACUCGUUGACAAGUUAUCGAAGUGUUUCUUGAAAUCGUGAAUGCAUAUGAGAUGUCUUAAUAGAUUGUCAUUGUGGAUGCAAAUAAUCAUCACCGAGGAGUAAAAGCUACCUACUGUAUCUGUUUGCAUAUUUGUAAUGUAUCUAUUUACUUUCUCAACGUUUCUGCAAUUUUAUAGCAAUAUGCUCCCAGUGCUGGAGCACCAUGAUUAAAACUUGUGUCAACUAGCCGAACAUACAUAUCUAAGACUUGAAUAAGUCAUAUUUACUGUGUCAUUCUCUGCAUGUCACAAUAGACAUACAGUAUUGUAAAAAAAAAGAUAAUAUAUAUAUGUGUAGAGAUGAUCAUGUCAGACUUUUACAUACAGCAUUCUUCACUAUGAUAAAAUCAUGUGGUUGUACAAAAACAUGUUGCUUGGGGUAUCAUUGUGAAAAACAGUGGUGUGACAGAUGGCACAUCACGUGCAGUCCAGUCCAACAUACAGUAGGUAGACAUCAAUGGUACAAAAAUCCUCAUCACUCAUGCUUAUACCCACAGUUGCACAUUAGUGAUUGUUCCUCCACACAGAACAACAAGCACUGACACCCAUCAACACAGACUGUACAACAUGGUGCAACUGAUAAGACUGUGAGUAUUGAUCACCUCAAACAGAAUGCUGGAACAAUCUGCACAAAAACAUGGUAUACGCUUAGGAGGAAUUAAACCCUAAUGUACUGUAAAUAGAUAUGUACAACUGGAUUGAAAAUGUAGCAGUUAUUUCCAUUUUCAUACUUGUAAUCAGUACAUAUAAUGUAGCAUAUACUGUAUAAACAUAACUUUGUCCACUCGUUUUUUCUAAAAAGAAUUAAGUACUUUAUCUGCUGCAGCCACUCCAUGCAUUAUAUAUAGUUCGACUAAUAAACAGUAAGCCCUCUAAAAGAAAGGUACAGUCCCACAGUUGUUUAUUUAAAUUUAUGCAAGAUUCCCUUUAAGAUGUGUUAUUGUUUUAUCUAUGUCUUUUUUUCUACAUUCACUUUUAUUUAUGUACAGAUUUAUUUUUCCUUUUCUUUUUUAAAUACUUUGCUGCUAUCUUGAACUACUGGUGUUGUUCGUUCAACGACAUGGUGUUACCACGAGAAACAUUUAUUACUAUAGUGCAUAUUGUUACAUAUUUGUUUUACUUCUGAAAGCCACAUGAACUGGAAUUUGUAUCUUGAAGAGUGAGCCCUUCUGUAAUAGUAUUAAGGCACUUGAAUGUCUCUUGGUUGUUGUUGUUUGAUGAUAGUUAUGGCACCAAACUGUACAGUACAGUACACCCCGUGAAAAGACGACCUAUCUAAAUGUUUGAGAGUCACUGCUUGGCCUUUUGUUUGAGUUCCACCUGCUUGUGUUUGACAGUCGAGGGUAUUCAGGCUGAGUCCAUUUUCAAACAAACACAGGCCAGGUUGAUGGAAAUGGGCAAGUGCAAUGCAUGCAGAGAUUCCUUAUACUGAAAAGUUUCCAGACGAUGCUCAUAAUUGUGCCCAGUUUAAUUUCAGAUACCAAGUGAUCAUCUUACCAUGAUUCCUUUUCACUGACGGAUGUGGAACCUGAGGUAUCAUCUCCUGAGAUAGUUUACAGAAGCCGUUGAUUUUGUGUGUCUACUAAACGGUGGCCAUUAUAUGAGUGCCAUACUAUAUUGAUAUGGUGAGAUACGGUGU